GCCGGCCGCCCCGCCCUGCGCCGGGUCUGCAGGGGGCGAACGAGCGGCGGCGGCGGCCCCGCGGGGCUUCGUCACGGGCGCUGGGAGACGGCCCGCCGGUCCCUCGGCCGCCUCCAGGCCUGCGCGGCGCGCCCCCGCCCCUCCGGCCGGCCUCCGGGCCCCGCUCCCACCGGUGCCUCCCGGCCGACCGCCGCUGCCCGUCCGCCUCGGGCCGCGGGCGAGGCCGGAACCCAGGCGCCGGCUCCCGUUGUCCGCCGGAGCGUCGAGAGCAGGGACCGCGGCGGCGGCGGAACAGAAGGAAGGACAAAAAAUAAUAUCCAAAGAUAUUUUGGCACCAACAGCGUGCUCUACUGCAAGGAAGAUAAGCAGUCUCUUCCAACUGGUGAGAUCUCCAAGGAGACAGAGAGCCAAAAUGGUGGACGGGAAAAUACAAAAAAAGACGUGUUAAAUAUUAUUAAGAGCAUGAAAUUUGAGUCAAACACAGUAAAUGUACAAACAACAAAACCACGAAACAAAAGACAACUUAAGAGUUUGCAGGCUGCACUUGGCAGGCUUCAAAAUCGACAAGAUACCCCGCAGAAGAGAAGUGCGGCCCUGAGUCCCGUGAUGGUGGCGGCUGCGUCCGCGGUUGCAGAUUCUCUUCCUUUCGACGAGCAGACGACCAAGUCAGAGCUGCUGAGGCAGCUGCGGUUGCACGAGGCCGGUGUGAAGGCGCAGGGAGGCCGGGAGGGGCCUGCGGUUAGUUUCAGCAACAUAAUAUCAGAUAUGAAAGUUGCCAGAUCUGCCACGGUCAGAGGUCCCUCAAGGCCAGUGCACGAGAUUCAACGUGAUGAAGAAGAAGACGAGCAUGUGGGCCAGAAGGGAACUGGGGGCCUCGGGAAAAGUCUGAGGAGAAAUAUAUUAAAGGGCAAGAGACUUAAUAUUUUUCAGCUUAAGGCAGUUGCUGAAGAGGCACCUGAAACAGAGACAGCACCUUCUCUUUGGGAUGUGGAGUUUGCUAAGCAGUUAGCUGCAGUGAAUGAACAGCCCUCUCAGAACGGCUUUGAGGAGAUGAUCCAGUGGACAAAAGAAGGCAAACUGUGGGAGUUCCCAGUUAACAACGAGGCAGGUUUUGAUGAUAAUGGUUCAGAAUUUCAUGAACAUAUAUUUCUGGAUAAAUACCUGGAGGAUUUUCCAAAACAAGGACCAAUUCGCCACUUCAUGGAGCUGGUGACCUGCGGCCUUUCCAAAAACCCAUAUCUGAGUGUUAAACAAAAGGUUGAACACAUAGAGUGGUUUAGAAAUUAUUUUCAUGAAAAACGAGAAAUUCUAAAAGAAAAUGACAUACAGUUCAAUUGAGAACUGUGGAAAGUUUUAUUUCAUGCUGUUGGAGAUACAUAUUCUAACUAAAUAAAACCUAACCAGAAGUUUUCCUA